AUGUCUACUCUCGCCUACGGACUCGGCCUUCUCGGAGCCGGCUUUGCUGGCCGCGUCGCCUACCAGAUGAUGAGGGGAGCCAAGGGAGCCGACAAGUUCCUCAAGGGCGGUUUCAAGCCGAAGAUGGACAAGGCCGAGGCUAUCCAGAUUCUUGGUCUUCGCGAGCCGCUCACGGCGAACAAGCUCAAGGAUGCGCAUCGACGCCUCAUGCUUGCGAACCACCCCGAUCGCGGGGGAUCUCCGUUUUUGGCGGGCAAAGUUAACGAGGCUAAAGCCCUUCUUGAGUGA